ACCCCCUGGCGUCCCACUUGAGGGUGAACCUUGAACUCUAUUUGGAAAACUUCAAUAUAAAAGAGAAAUAAAUGUAAAUAAUUGUAAUGUAACGUUAGCCUAUAUAUUAUAGAGACCGAUUCAGCGCACACAGAUACUAUAUGAUCCUCACAGAGGUGGAAGGUUGUGUCACAAUGCUCAGCGAUCACUUACACCAUCUCGGAGCCCGACCCGCCUGCCUUGCGCGGUGAGGAUCCGUUCAGGUGCUGCCAGGACUUCUCUUUUAUUUCUUCACGCCGUCUGCGCGUAAGAACUCUUCUAAAAGGACUCGCUGAUGUGAAUAAAUCGACGAAUAUCCAGUGACGUUUCCAUAUAACUUACCGUUCUACCGGAAUGACGGCUUAUGGUUACUAGGAUGCAGCUUUCUGAAAGACAAUGCCUCAGGAAAGUGAAGGCACUGAACUAAAAGAACUGCGUGUUUGGAGCUCAUGAGGAACAUUUACGACUCUAAUAAACAUUGAAACGAUGUUCACAGCAAAAGAGCAAGCACUGUUACUCUUUAACAUAGAGGAGAUGAGAAGAGUUUUGGAAUUGUAAUUGACACGAGUCAUUCCUCAGCCUGUCAGAGCUCACCACUCUGUGCCCUAGAGCAGUCUCCGCCCACCGCGCAUCAGAUUUGUUGGAAGUCGCGAGUCCGACCAAUCAACUCCAAGGCUGAAGGAAGUGAAGACACAGACAGAACGCGCUUGCUGGAGCUGCGUGCAGCAUGCGGCAGUAAUCACUUGUCUCUCAAAGUAUGUAACUCUUCAUGCUCUCUAUGAGAUGGAUAAGUAUGAGAAACUGGCUAAGAUCGGUGAGGGCUCAUACGGAGUGGUGUUCAAAUGCAGACACAGGGACACCGGUCAGAUAGUGGCCAUUAAAAAAUUUGUUGAGUCUGAAGAUGACCCGGUCAUCAAGAAGAUCGCACUGAGAGAAAUCCGCAUGCUGAAGCAGCUGAAGCAUGUGAAUCUGGUAAACUUGCUUGAGGUCUUCAGGAGAAAGAGACGCCUUCAUCUGGUCUUUGAGUUCUGUGAGCAAACUGUUCUCAAUGAACUGGACAAACACCCCAGAGGGGUUCCUGAGGCACAACUCAAGAGUAUUGUGUGGCAAACUCUACAGGCCGUGAACUUCUGUCACAAACACAAUUGUAUCCACCGGGACGUCAAACCAGAGAACAUUCUUCUGACCAAGACCGGUGUGAUCAAACUAUGUGAUUUUGGCUUUGCUCGCAUCCUCACUGGACCAGGUGAUGAUUAUACUGAUUAUGUGGCAACACGAUGGUACCGGGCCCCAGAGCUGCUGGUCGGAGAUACUCAGUAUGGUCCCCCAGUGGAUGUCUGGGCCCUCGGUUGUGUCUUUGCCGAGCUGCUGUCUGGAAAUCCUCUUUGGCCGGGACGUUCUGACGUGGAUCAGUUGCACCUCAUACGACAAACACUAGGUGACUUGAUCCCACGGCAUCAGCAGGUGUUUCGCUCCAAUGUUUUCUUUAGUGGAGUCAGCAUUCCUGAGCCUGAUACCAUGGAGCCGCUAGAGAAGAGGUUCCAUGGUGUUUCUCCUCAUGCUAUUACUGUGAUGAAGUCCUGCCUAGUAAUGGAUCCAUCUGGCAGGUUGUCAUGUGAAGAGAUUUUAGAGCUGCCAUACUUCCAGGAGGAUGGUGGAACAGGAUGGGGCAAAGAAACUGAUCGUCCCCAAAGACGCUAUGAGAAAGGCACAAGACGGAGAGCUCCUGCGCCUCAAUACUUUCCCCAGCUGACCAAUAGUAACAUCUCACCAGCACCUGAAAUGAAGAAUAAACAGAGACACAAACACGACCAUCACCUACCCAACAUCUGACCUUGAGACUGGUAAAAAUGUGUGUGGUAGGGCAAACAUGUUUUCUGUGGAAUAAGUUGAUGCAUUUAUUGCAAACAACAGAGGAUAGCGGAAAUGCUUUUAGACAGAAGGACUAACACUGUAAUAUUAGUAAUAUUACUGAAUUGUAGUGAUUUUAACACAAUGUAUUCAAACUAUUAAAGUUGAUAGAUAGUCCUUGAAUCUGAUAUUCUGCAUAUACAGUGGCCACAAAAGUAUUUUGACACUAAAACCACACAAAAAUGAUCUAUUAGCAGUGGCAUUUAGAUGUUAAGUAUGAUUUGAGUGUCUAAAUGUAUUUUUGCAGCCACUGUAUGCAGGCAGGAGUUGAAAGGAAAAAUUAGGCACACAUUGGACAGAAAGAGUUACGAUAAACUUGACAGUAUGAUUGAAUAACUGUCUGUGUGCUUUGGUGUAAGAUCGUAUCAGUUCUGUGUGCCAUUAAGAAAAUAAUAAAUCUGCACUGUUUUAGUGUUAUGGAUAAAUACAUGUUUUUGUUUGUUUGUUUGUUUUUCUUGUCAAUAUCCUGUUGAUUUUCCUUCUAGAAAAUGACAAUUUUCUUAACAAACUGUAAAAGGGAGGUGACAACAGUCUUUAUGUCUUUUGUUGUUGAUAUCAAGCAUUAGUGUAUUCCAUCAAAUUUAGUAUUUGGUGUAAAUUUUACUAUUAUGCUAUUAAGCUAUUAUGGACAUUAAUAGGUUAUAGGCAUACUGUAUGGUAGGCCUUCAUAUUCAAAUACUCACUAAGCAAGUUAAAAGUAAAUAUGACUUACAAUACAUUUUAAUAUGCAUCAGUGGUUGAUUAAUUUUUUAAUUAUAAUUCGAGUUGCAUCUUUGUUUACUUAUGUAUAAUGCAAUUUUGUUAGCACAAGUUCAGAACCACUGACUACGCUGACACUUUAAGGACAAUUCUCAGAUUCUUAGCUUACAGUAAUGCACAAUUCAAAUAGAAGUUUUUGAGUACUUAAAAUAUUCACAGAUGUAAAUAAUUUAAGCAUGAAAAGAUGUGACACAAAGGAAAACAAGGCUGUUUCAGCUCUUUCAGUGGGUCAUAUAUGCAUACAGGUUUCCAGUCAUUGAUAUUCCGGAUGAGACAGUGAUCCGUAGCCCUCCUGACACUUGGCUUGACUGAUCGUCUCCAGCUCUUUUAUCAGAUUACCGGCUUGAGUGACGUAUGGUCCACUAAGUACUGGCACUACACUGACCUAAAC